UCCAUCAACUGUACCUCAUUAUCCUGUCUGACGACACAUUUCCACCCCACAGACGGCAACAUCGCUCAUCUGCAUCUGAUCCCAUCCAACCCCCAUCACCAUCGCGUGCAGCGGCGACGCAAGCCACUCACGACUGCGCCAGCAACGAAACUGCAAAGCGCAUUUUGUCGCAUGCAAAGUUCACUGCGUGCAACUCGCUCUCCCCGCCCAGCGUCCAGAACCAUUUCCUGGUUUUUCGCGUUUUCCCCCCGGAAAAUCAAGUGCAUGUGAAUGUGCGGUGCCGGGUGUGAAAUAUUUCAUCUGAUUCCCAUCAAAUCACGGCAACAUAGAUUCCCGGGCGCCCCGCAGAUAUAAUUUGAAAAUUCAAAUCGCAGAACUUCGUAAAUUAUCGUACAACUCUAUGCAACUUUUCAACCGGGACCAAACAAAAAUUAAUCAAAAUGUCUACCCGAAAAUCAACCAACAAACAAAAUGCAGACUCAAUAGUGUCAUUAUCACAAGACUUGUCUACACCUCGAUCAAAACAGAGUCAAGAUGCCGGUAGUGAAACGUCUGAACCGCCUACGACUCCGACAAGUCGCGAUAGUAAUCAAUCUAUUCCCGCAGAGUCAAAAAGGAAACGUCGCACGAAUUCCACGCAAAGCAUAUCAACUCCGAAACGCUCAACAUCCGAAGCAAAAGACUCGGCAGCGAAUGAAUCUAAUGAUAAGAGCGCAACAAAAGAUACAGAGGAGAAAACACAAAUCGCAAAUACAGACACUCCCCGAAGGAGAAAACGACGAAUCAUAGAGAAAACUAGUACAAUGUCAACACGGAAGUCGCUUGCCGAUAUAGCAGCAAAAAAUGCCCCAUUGCGUACUUCAGCGCGAAGUGCUUCAAAAGGCACAAGUCCCGAUGAUAAUCCGAAGCCAAAAAGAGGUCGCAAGAGGAAGGCGGAUUUGAUAACGACACCUAUAAAGAAGGAACCAAAAGAUUCCAAUCAAUCGGAUAAUGAGGCGUAUGAGGUGCCAGACGUCAAACGCAUUAAAAUCGAAAAAGUGGAUAAUGAAGACCCAGAAGAGGAAAUACUCAUGGAAAUUCGAACAGAAAUUCUGGCUGACAUUAGAAUCAAACAAGAGGAUGAAGAUAAAAAUCAAGUGAUUAAAAUUAAGGAUGAGAAUUCCAUAAAAAGCACAGAGAGCGCACCAAAGGAAGUGAAAUCAAUGUCCGACAAGGCGACAGAGAGAAAGACUUUGAGUAACGAUUCCAAAGAUGAUGAAGUUGUAAUUUUAAACACUCCUGAAAAAAUAGUAUCAAUCGAAGAUGGCUCACCGGGGGACUCUGCGGAGGGACAAACUGGAGUAGUGAAAAAACGCCGUGGGCGAAAAAGCGCAGCGAAUAAACCUCAAGAGAAAAAACGGCCCACCCCGACGAAACCAGCGAAACUGGUGACACCUCCAAAGCGACGCGGAAGGAAACCUGCUUCGCUUCUUCUUCAAUCAAAAACGACGCCGCCAGCAAAAAAGACCACAAGGAAGCCUUCAAAAUCACCAGUGCCUGAAAAGUCCGAUUCUACAAAAACCCAAGUGCCAGCAACCAUCGAAAAUGAAGAAACGAGCAAUUUAGAACCCGGUGAGCUUAUAUUUUCUACAACAACCGGUGACGUUAAUUCCGACAGCAAGGACCAACAGCGUGAGCCUUUAUUGAUCGAUACAACUACUCAAAACUCGGAGGGUAAAGAUUCUAUUCCAAGUACAGAAUGCACAGCUGGUUCUGAGAAAUCGGCUUCACUCAGUCCGGUCGAGUUGGAAAGUGAGGGACUUAGUGCUGUAAGCGUUAAACAAUUUUAUAAGAAACCUGAGUUUUUAGAAAAUAAUUUAGGGAUUGAGGAGGACCCAAAGUUAGGCGAGAUUGUUCAAAAUGUGGAGAAGGAGCCUGUGCGAGAGGAGGAGAAAGAGUCAGUGGUUGAAGAUGAGAAAGAGUCAGUGGUUGAAGAUGAGAAUGAGAUAACGAAGAAAAUCGAGGAUUGCGUAGAGAAAGGUGACAAGGAUACGGAACAGAAAAUUGAGGAAGAGUCAAUGCAGAAAAUUGAAAAGGAGACAACGAAGAAAAGUGAAAAGGAAACGGCGCAGAAAACUGAAAAGGAAACUCCGCCAAAAGUUAAGAAAGAAUCAAAGUUAACAGUUGAAGAAAUUCAGGAAGUCCUUGAUGAAGACAAGGAAGAAAGCGAUGGGAAAGCAAGUGACGUUCAAGGAGCUGAUGACUUAGAAGCCAAUGAGGUAUUAAAGGAGGAAAAGAACGAUAAAACGGAAUCAUUGCCCCAGUCGAAAGAAUCCACGCCUAACGUCAAAUCGCCUGAGUCAGUUCAAGGUACUGAUGAAGCUGAUAUGACUGGAAGCGACUCACUCAAAGAGGGUGAAUUACUUGUACUUGAAGACAGUACCGAAGAGGAAAACACCCUUUCCCAGAAAACAGAUAAAAAUGGGGGAAGUAAAGUUAGUUCUCCUACACCUACAGAAGUGAAAACUGAGCCAGAAACGGCUACUGACUCAGGAAUGGCGGAAGUUAAACCUUCUUCAGAGGAAUCGGAGAUGGAACCUGAAAUUGUAGCCAGUGAAGAAGAUCAACAAGUUGAUGAUCAAGGAUUGAAAAAGGAUGAAAUCGUGGAAGAUAAAACAAUUGAAAAGGAUUCUGCGGUUGUGAAAAAUCCACCCAACUCCGAUGUAAAACAAAUUGACUUGAAGCUGACUGAAAAAUCAGCAGCGGAAAUCACUCCAGAAGACGAAAAGGAGGACUCCAAAAAGAUUUUAGUGAAUGGCGAUGGCACCGACAAUGCAUUGCUUGACAAUGAUGAUCUCGAAAAGGAUGCAAUGGCAAAUGAAUGUUCGGCAAUGGAAAUUGAUUCGGGUGUUUCGGACGUUGCCGAGAAUAAUUCAAAUGAUCCGAAUGAGGAUUUGAAUAUUUUACAAGAAAUUAUUGAAAGUGAGAAUCCGAAAGGGGAAAUUAGUGAUAGUGAUGGUAUAGUGGUUGGUGUGUUGCCAGGUGAAUUGGAAGUUGAUAAGAAGGAGGAUGUAGUGGAUAUCAAGGAGAAAAUUCAAGUUGUGGAGAGCCUCAAAGUGAAGGAAAUUCAAUCAACCCCCGAGAAAAAGGACAUCGCUCCGAUAAUAAUACGAAAAAUCCACGAAACACCGGAAACUCUGAAACAGAAAGAAACCCACUUCAAAUCGCUAGGCUUGCUCACUAUCAAAGCAGCAGACGAAGCCAAAAUCGAAAAACAGAAACGUCGUCAACAACUGCACAGUUCAUCGUCAACGAGUAGUAAAAAAUUGAACGGCAACGCGUGCAUGGGCGAUUCACCAGAAGCAACAAGUGGAGGUAACAAUGAUCCGAGCAAUGGUAACGGCAACAGUAGCAAUGAUAGUGGUAGCAAUAAGAGUGUGCAAGAGUACACGGGUACUUUAAAGACUGUUAUAAAACUGAAUCGGACAAUAUCGUCCGGCCAAAGUCAAAUUGUUGAAAAGAAGAAAUCAAAUGGUAGUUCAAGUAGUGGAGCGAAUUCGUCCGGUGGCAAUAGUAUGGCAGUGGUACCGGCUGCCAGUAGUAGUAGUGCAGUUGGACGGCACCCGUUGAAAAUUACAUUUCAAAAGGGACGCGGACGUGGUGGAAAUGUUGAGCGUAAUGCAAACGGUGCUCAAAAUUCAAACGAGGACACCUAUUAUACCAUUCAUAAUGAGGGCGAGACUGGGGCUCAGGAAACCGUUGCAACACAUGGUAGAAAAUUACAUCAUUAUCGCUCUAACACUGAUCCAGGCGCAACCGCGGAGGCUACUACAGCUGAUAAGAAGGAAGUGGUUAUCCCCGAGAAAGCUUCUUCAUUCGCCAUCCAUCCAGGUCGCCUAUGUCAAGAUCAAUGUUUUUAUUGUGGUGGCAAAUUUGGAUUGUACGAUACUCCCUGCCACGUAGCCCAACUGAAAUCUCUAGAACGUCAGAGAAAGAUUCUUGACAAUGAGGAGAAACUAACUGUGGACAAUUGCCUUUGUGAUGCAUGUUUUCGUCACGUUGAUCGUCGUGCAAAUGCGGCAGUGCAAAAGAAACGUCUAUCGGCGCCAGGUAACUCAACUGGUAACAUUGGCGAUGCUAGUGCCGCGACAGGAGAAACUAACGAAUCAGCCGAUGGUGGCAAUGAAGCUCCUAUGCCUAUACCGCCCGGACAUUCGUUAGCGAAAUCGGUCUGCUUCGUGACGAAUUGCGGUCAACCUGCUUCGCAUACGUUCCGGCGUAAAGGUUUCCGGAAGACAAUACGAAAAUUGCUUGGCAAUGAUAUUGAUAUGACGAACAUGGGCGGACGUUUGCCGAUUUGUGAUAAACAUUAUGAGUUGAUAAUACAAUGCCUGGAAUGUGCAUUGUGUAAGAGACGAUUGAUUAGGAAUCAUAUGUAUCACAUUACUCAGGAUGUUCAACUCUUGGAAAGUCUAUUAGUUAAGCAAGGCAUUCCAGUGAAACUGCAAGCUAAUCCAGCCGUAUGCAAGCUUUGUAGAUACUUUACAAAUCUUUUGGUUAAGCCUCCAGAAGGUAAACUUCAAAAGGCGCAAUUUGUGAAGAAUUAUCGAAGAAGACUUUUACAUUUCCACAACGUCCAGGAAUCCGAUGAAGAGUCCGAAGCCGAAGAUCAAGACGAAUCUGCUAGUAAAACUAAAACUCAAUCUCCAACGCAACAACCUGCCAAACGGGGUCGUAAGCCGAAAAAUCAACAAGCUACAACCGUUAGUCAGACAAUUACAAGUAGUGCGCCAGCUUCGUCCGAGGAAGGAAAUAGCAGCAACGAUGUGGUGGAUCUUGAGGCUGAUGUUGCCCCGACAAGUGGACAAAUGCAAUUGGAUAAUGAUGUUAUGGUGGAUUAUGAUAUGCCUGUGUUGUCAGAUUCACCAUCCCCGCCUGCUAUCUCUCAACCGUCGAAACUUCAAACAAUUCUUCAAGGUGGAAGCGUUGCACGCAGUAAUGAUGAUAUAUCGAUGGCUUUGCGUGCCAAUCCGAACAUUUCGAUGCGUGAAUUGUUCCCGGGAGAAGAGGAAAUGGGACUGCAGGUCAAUGUGCCCUUCGGUGGUUCAUCAUCUCAACGCACACCGGAAGGUUGGACACGUGUACAGACAUUCCUUCAAUAUGACGAGCCAACCCGUCGCCUUUGGGAAGAUCUACAAAAGCCUUACGGAAACCAAUCGAGCUUCAUUCGACAUCUGAUCCUUUUGGAGAAAUAUUUCCGUAAUGGUGAUUUAAUAUUGUCACAAACUGCCAGUACAAAUGCCGUUGCAUACUCAGAGACUGUUCAGAAUCGUUUACGUUCAUAUGACUAUCGUGCGUCGUCGCCGACAGCAAGCAAAAACAAUGCUACUGCCUCAACUAGUUCUAAUAGCAGUAAGACUAACCAAAAUCAACAACAACAGCAAACUAACAGUAGUUUGGUUAAUAAUAGUAGUAGUGGUAAUAGUAUGACUAGUGGUAGCCAUAAGACUUCAAGUUCUAACAACUCAAGACAAGCUGGAAACGUUUCAGUUCCCGAUCCCAUUAAGAAAUUACAUAGCAAUUUAACGAUUACAAUAACACCGAAAGGGAAGGCAGUGCAGGAGGCAACGCAAGUAAGUACCCCUUCUUCAGUCACUGGUACCACGUCCUCAAACAAUAGUAUAUUGAAAUCAAAUUUGUUGGCUCGCAAGAAUUCCGCAAUUGAAAUAAUUCCGAUUGCGUCGGCAGCCAAUAACGACUCAAGCAGUCGGUUAUUAUCAUUCCCAUUAACAAAGCAACAGAAACUCCUUGCUGCGGCUAGCCAUCUCACGUCGACUUCGACCAACCCAAAUCCACAAAAAUCACUCAACUGGCCGCCCGAAUUGAUCAGUAUAAAUCGCGGCGGCUCGAACUCACUGCUCAUUGGUAAUCGUAAUCCAACGAACACCAUUGCCUCUGCCAAAAAUAAGAUACAUUCCAUUUCGCACCAACAGCAGCAGCGGCGUGUUCAACACUCUGUACCAGCUCGUCCUCUGAAACUCCCGCCUACCUUUAUUAAAUUACCCGCCACAUUGACAGAACACGAACGUUUGACUAGCAGACAUUGGCGUCCUACCUUGUUGCCCAUCAAUUCUGGACCACCAGUACGUAGUGCUCCAGGUGUCUUGUAUCAAACAGCUGAUGGACGGAAGCUUCCGAGUUUGGUGCAGGUACAGAGUCGUGGCAAGCCGUAUUUAAUAUCAAUUCAUGAUUACAAUCGCAUGUGUAUAUUGAGACGUGAGAAACUCAUACAGGAUCAGAUGAUGAAGAAGGCGGCAAGUAGUAGUAGAACUUUAGGUAAUAGUGGAAAUAGUUUGUUGAAGGGCGCCUUGAGCAGCACUAGUUCAAGUGCCACAAGCAGCAGCAAUUCCGACCCGAAGAACACUGCAUCACAGAUGAUGCAUUGGUAGGUUCCGGGUUGGUAGGAAUUCAGGAUUCUUGCAUCACACACUGCGUAGGACAGCGUCGUUGGAUACGAACUUUCAUUGGAGAAAUUUAGGAGUGACAGGUUUAAAGGGUUGUUUUUCCACAUCUUGAAAGCAUAUUUCAUUUCCUCUUAUUUAUUACUCAGUAUGCAUUGCUCGGGGCAUCGGCUGUGAGGGUUGAUUUCGUUGAAUUGAAACCAUUAAUGCUUUCGAAUGGUCAACCGCUCGAAGAUAGUCAUGCUGUACUUAUAGUUGCCUCAAAUAUCACAUCACAUUUCGGUCUGCAGUUUUUCUUCCACCAAAUACCAGGAUUUGUAAAUAUAUUUUUCUUUGCUUCAAUCAAAUAAUUUGUAUAUAUGAAGGUUUUUAGUUUAUUCCCUGAAGUAUCUCAAGGUUUCAGAUAAUUUUGCGACAGUAGGGCAGCGGUUAGAUGAAAGGGAGAUGCUCAUAAGCACUUCAAAGUAACUUAAUUUAAUUCUCAAUCGAUAACACGAGGAACAUUUACAAAAUAAGGCAUAGAUUCUAAGGAAAAUGCAUCAUUAUCGUAAGCAAUCUAAUUAUUACUCUAAGUUAUAAGCAAAUUAGGGACAAAUUAAAGAAUUUAGGAGAGAAAGUAGCGAAGGAAAUUUGCACCAAUAAGAUUAGAUUUUAUAGACUUAAAUCUAAACGAAAGAAUAUUUAAGAAUAAUCAAUUUAUAUAUAAAUAUUGAAACCAUUUUGUUCACACAUUAAAUAAUUAUGAAAUGCCACUAUUUUCCUUACGCACGGUCAUGUUGAAAUUUGUUGAGAAAAUUCAGAAUUUGGAGAAUAUUUAAUCAUUGUUGAGAAUCAUCAUGUUUCGUACCUACCAUUUUGGAAAAAACAAACGACACUUAGGGACUUCAGAAGAAGGAACAAAACUAAGCGUCGAGAAUUUAGUGCAAGUGCUCCUUAUAAAACAACAUAAAAAAGAAGAUUGUAUCAGACUAAAAAUUACUUGUAGGGUUCAUUAUUAUAUUGCAAGUAGGGGGGGAAAAUCAAGAAACAAAAUAGAACAGUUUAGGUAACAAUCGUGAAAGAGCAAGGAAGGAAACUAUAUAUAUUUAAUAUUCUAAUUAUUAUAUUAUGAUAAACGAUUGAAAAUUGCAUAUAUUUUUCUAAGGUGAUUAUGAUUGGGAUGCCGAGAGAAACGUUACAGGUUUAAGAAUGUCUUAUAGUGAGAUCAGGACAUAAAUAAAAUAGGAAAAAAAAACAAAUAUUGUAUUGAAAAAAAUAGACAUUAUUUUAAAAAUAUAUAUAUCUAUUAUUA